CUCCAGUCUGUGAAGUUGCAGCAGCAGCGGAAAUCACGAGAACGUCGUGAGGCGCGAGCGCGCGGCAGAGGAGAAGAUCACAAUGAACACCGCAGUGAUCUCCCGGAACCUGACCUUCCCCGUUCACUCCCCCGUGCCAGCCUCCGGCGCCGCCGCCUCUGCCGUCCGUAUUCGCGGUCGCGUUCUCCUACGCUGGCCGGCCGGUCGGCGCCUUUCGCUCCGCUCCACCACGUGCCGGGCCGGCCCCAAUUUGUUUGAGGGUUUCGUUCGGGAGACUGCACGGACUUUCUACGACCUCCUGGGGGUGCCGGCGAGCGGAAGCGCCGGCGAAAUCAAGAAGGCAUACAAGAGGCUGGCCCGGAAGUACCACCCGGACGUCUCCCCUCCGGACCGAGCGGAGGAGUACACCCGGCGGUUCAUCGAGGUCCACGAGGCCUACGAGACCCUCUCCGACCCCGGACUCCGUGAGAUCUACGACCGCCAGCUGACCCGGGGACUGACCCUCGCCUUCUCUGCCCGGAGCCGUUUCGAGGAGGACCUGGAGGAAAAAUCAGGAUGGAAAGGCCAUUGGGAAGAUCAGCUCACAAAGUUGCGGACGAGGAGGAUGAAUGAUUCUGAAGGCAACUUAUCGUGGGGUGCUUGGAUGCGCAGACGAUCGGCGGUACCAUCUUAACUAGGGAUCUCAGAGAGUCAGAGUAUAUUUUCGCGUGGACUAUCUUCCAGCAUUUGCCUUCUCAAGUUGAAGCUACGAGUCAUCUGUUAACUAUAUUCUAAAUUUUGGGAUGAUUAGCCAUAACCCUGGUGAUCUAUAGGUAGCUAACUCAGGAAGAUGUUUUAAAAAAAUGUGUGGAUUUGAUACAUCUUAUGAAAUACUAUAAGAACGAAGAAAAAAAUGUUGUCUUGAUCGUGAUCAUCAGAAAGUAAUGUGAUUAAAGAAUGUGUUUGUUUA